AUGUUGCUGUCUUCACGGAUCGUUCGAAGCUCACUGGUCACUGCCCCACCAAGGCUGUCUAGGUUUUUCACCCAAGCGCACAAGGUGUGCAAGGAAGAAGACCCCAUUGCCCCUCCAUCGCCCACAACUCAACAAACAGAACCGAAGUACACGCAUUUCGGCUCGAAGACUGUUUUGAAGUCCAACAAGCAGAAGCUGGUUGGUGAUGUUUUCUCUUCCGUAGCCAAUCGCUAUGAUUUGAUGAACGACGUCAUGUCGUUGGGUAUCCAUAGAUUAUGGAAAGAUCAUUUCAUCAACAAAUUGGACCCGGGGAAAAGACCAAACUCUACCACACCCUUGAACUUCAUUGACGUGGCUGGUGGUUCCGGUGAUAUUGCCUUCGGAUUACUGGACCAUGCUGAGUCGAAAUUCGGGGACACCGAAUCUACAAUGGAUAUUGUAGAUAUCAACGCUGACAUGCUUAAAGAAGGUGAAAAGAGAGCCAUGGAGCAAAAAAAAUACUUCAAAGACCCCCGUGUUAAUUUUUUGGUUUCCAACGGUGAAGUUCUCGAAGAAAUCGAGUCUAAUUCCAAGGACAUCUACACUGUUUCCUUUGGUAUCAGAAACUUCACUGACAUUCAAAAGGGUUUGAACACUGCCUAUAGAGUUUUGAAACCAGGCGGUAUCUUUUAUUGUUUGGAGUUUUCUAAGAUCGAAAAUCCGUUAAUGGACUUGGCUUAUCAACAAUGGGCUAAAGUCUUGCCUGUCAUGGGAUCCAUGAUUGCUAAUGAUUACGACUCUUAUCAGUACUUAGUGGAGUCUAUUGAAAGAUUUCCAGACCAAGAGACGUUCAAAUCCAUGAUUGAGAAAGCAGGGUUCAAAUCUGCUGGUUACGAAAGUUUAACUUUUGGUGUAUGCGCUAUCCAUUGGGGUAUUAAAGUUUGA